UUUGUUUUUAUAUCCAGGGUUAUAAUAAGAACGAGCGCAAGCGCUAGUUUCAAGUAUAUAUUUGCCAGUCAACGGUUAUACCUGUGACACUGAGCCUCGUCAGGACUUUACUAUCCCAAAUAUAUAUCUAUAUAUUUUCCAUUAAAAUAUUUUAUUCCAAAAAAAAAAAACUAUUCAAAAUAUUUAAAUUUGAAUGGACAAAUUUUUUUUUGAAUUUAUUACAAUAAAAUAAUUCAAAAUUAAAAAUAAAUUGUGAAAAUAACUAUUUAAUUGUGCUACAUAAUUGUGAAUUAAAUUACAAAAUAAAUUGAAUAAUAAUAAAUAAAUAGAAUACAACAAUGUGAUAAAACAAAGUGAAACAAAACAAAAAACUAAAUUAAUCCAGUGAUUGAAAAAAAAAAUAUUAUUAUUGUUGUUGUUGUUGUCGAUGAAUAAAUUCAUGUAAUUGAAAAAUAAAUAAUAGUGUUUAUCAGAUUAGAAUAUAUAUGAUAGUACACGUUAUCAUUGAGGAUACUCGUUUGAAACUCGUCAGUACUCGUAUCAGGUUUAGAAUGAGACAGAAUUAAUUAAUCACUACAUGUAUUGCAUGUGGUCGUGUGGCAUCUGGAUCGUCAUCUAAUCAACAACUGCCGAGGCUAAUCAUCGAUGCAUCAUCGAGGGAUUAGUAGAAAUAAUAACAUCAGAUUGAUGUCACUGUUGAUGAUGAUAAUGAUGAUGAUCAUGAUUAAAUAUUAGAAGAUAUAAAAGGAAUGGAGAUAACGUUUUUGAUUGUGCUGCUAUCAUGUCAUGUGAUUCACUCGACAGAUGCGGCAAUUGAAAAAAAUACAAUAUUUGGAAUAGAAAAAAAUUCACUGGAAGUGGCAGGUCCAAUUAAGGACAUCUUGGCACAAACUAAUGGAACUGCUGUAUUGCCAUGUAAAAUACCUGACCCAGCUGUUGGAAUAGUGACAUGGGUUAGACGUAAAGACAGACAGUUACUCACUGUGGGUAGUGAUACACACUCGAUGGACACGAGGUUUAUCGUCAGGCCAAAUAUAACUGACUGGACAUUAAACAUCAAGAAUGUACAACACGAGGACAGAGGACUCUACGAGUGUCAAAUACCAACUGAACCAAUGCAACAUAGAUAUGUUAAUUUAACGAUAACAGAUGCAUAUUCAAUAAUACCUGGUGGUCCAGAUCUUCAUGUUAAACAAGGAUCAAGUUUACGAUUGGAAUGUCAAUUAAUAGCAGCAACAGAACCACCAACCUUUGUAUUUUGGUAUCGUCACGAACGUAUGAUUAAUUAUGAUGCUGAACCUGGGGUCAAGGUUGAAGCAACAACUAAUGGUUCAAUCCUCAUUAUCACCAAGGCUAAACUUAAUCAUGAAGGAAAUUAUACAUGUCGUCCAAGUAAUGCUAAAGCAUCCUCAGUCAUGAUACACGUCAUCGAAGAAGAAGAAAAACCAGCAGCAAUGCAUGGUAGUGGUGAACGGUCCAAUAGUAAUUCAGGUACAAAUAAAUGUACAAGUACUCAACUGUUUCAAGUUGUUGUUUUACUUGUAACAAUACGAAGGUACAUCAUGAAUCCAACAACGUACUUCACGUGACUAAUCAAUCAGACUCUAAACCAAUUCACAUGAGUUUGCCAAGAAAUAAAGGAGGGAAACUAUAACGUGACUUGCCUGAUUAACUGGCAACCUGGUCAUCAUUGACUUGCAACAAUGACCCAUCUUCAAGCACAAUUUAUUCUUCCGUUUAACAAGUAUAUAUUUGUGAUGAUGAUAUUAAAAAAAAAAAAAAAAAAUCUAUUCAUAAUUAAAACAGUUUAUAUUUUGUCAUUUGAUGUCUUAAUCAAAAUUUAUUUGUUUAUUUUUUUACUUUUAUUCCUCAGUAAAAAUUGUAUGUAUAAAAUUAAAUAAAAAAAAACAAUAUUGAUCGUGAUGGUGGGUAUAUAUAUAAAUGUGAUGGUUGUAUAAAUGUUGGCAAUUUAUAUUAUGGUGAUGGUGAUGGUCAUGACACCAGGUGUUUCAACUCUCAAACAAACAAAAACAAUUCAACAAUUCAACAAAGAAAAACAGCAAUAUGUGUUUUUUUUUUCUAAUUCAAGAUACGUAUAUAAUCAUUUCAACAAAAUGAUACAAUUAUAGCACUAAAUUAUCGUUGUGUUUAUUAUAAAAAAUAGUUAUAAAUUAUUUAAUUGUGAAAAAAAAAAAAUAGAGUGAUAAACAGUGACAAGUGAAAUUCGUCAAUUACAAUUCAUCAAGACAACAAAUAGCUGCAACUUUUUUUCAAGCAAAUUUAUCGUGCAAUUUAAAUAAUAUAUUUGAAAAAAAAAAAAAAAAGUGGUUAAAUUUUAACAAUUAAAAACAUGACAAAAUUUCACUGUUUUAAAUAAUUGAUGAAGAUUGAAAAAGAACAAAAGUUUUUUAUAUUUCAAAUGUGAGAAUUUUUAUUGAUUUAUUUUAUUUUUUGUUAUUAAUUUUUUAUUUAAAAAAUUAAUGUAUUCAUUUCAGGUAAUUACAACAUCAUUCAUCAAUUUUUAAUUAAUUCAAUCAUAGAGAGAAAAUUAAAUAUAAUAUAUCUUCAUUAUGUGGUUGAUGAUGAUUCCAUCGUUAUGUUAUAUACCUAUUAUCUUCAUGUAAUAUUAAACCAAUUAAUUUGCUUAUUUAAUGCGUGAAAUUAAUAAAAAAAAAAAAAUAAAAUAAAA